UAGGAGAGAGACAGGGAGAGGAGAGAAGCCGGUGGGCUGGUUGUUCGUGUCUCUCUGUUUCAGUCUAUAAUAACUAAUUCUCUUUUUUAUCGACGUUUUAGGGGGUUAGAACAAAGAGCCGCAUCUGGACUGGGGGGUGAAAAGGUCCCGUGAAUAUUGUUUUUUUUUUAUCUGACCUGGAUACCGUGAUUCAGUCAAACGACUAGUGAUUUUUCUUAAUAAUACUCAAGUAUCGCGUUAUAUACCCUGUAUAUUUGUGGAUUAGCGGUGAACUACAAUGAAUACGCUGGAGUCGGUGGAUCGGGUCGAAUUGUGCGAGAGCCUCUUGACGUGGAUACAGACAUUCGGAGUAGAGGCACCAUGUAAAACAGUAGAGGAUCUUACAAGUGGGGUUGUAAUGGCUCAAGUACUUCAAAAAAUAGAUGUAUCAUAUUUUAAUGACAACUGGAUAAGCCGAAUAAAAACUGAAGUUGGUGAUAAUUGGAGAUUAAAGGUUAGCAAUUUAAAGAAAAUUCUGAAAGGCAUUCUGGAUUACAAUCAUGAGGUCCUUGGCCAGCAGAUCAAUGACUUCACCCUGCCUGAUGUCAACCUGGUGGGGGAGCACUCCGACGCAGCAGAGCUCGGGAGGAUGCUUCAGCUCAUCCUGGGCUGUGCUGUCAACUGUGAGCAGAAACAAGAAUACAUUCAGACAAUAAUGAUGAUGGAGGAGUCCGUACAACACGUCGUCAUGACAGCAAUCCAGGAGCUGAUGAGCAAAGAGACCCCAGUUUCCCCUGGAAACGACACCUAUGUGGAUCUGGACAGACAGCUCAAGAAAACAAUGGAGGAGCUCAGUGAUGCUUUAGCUGCGAAAGAAGAAAUUGCCCAAAGGUGUCACGAGCUGGACAUGCAGGUGGCAGCACUUCAGGAGGAGAAAAGUAGUUUGCUAGCAGAAAACCAGGUUCUUAUGGAACGACUGAACCAGUCGGACUCCAUCGAAGACCCCAACAGCCCCGCAGGAAGGAGACAUCUACAUCUCCAAACCCAAUUAGAACAGCUCCAAGAAGAAACCUUUAGGUUAGAGGCAGCCAAAGAUGAUUAUAGAAUACGCUGUGAAGAACUGGAGAAAGAAAUCUUGGAACUGCGAGGGCAAAAUGAGGAGUUGACCUCUCUUGCAGAUGAAGCACAGUCUUUAAAGGAUGAAAUGGAUGUUCUUAGACAUUCCUCCGACAAAGUGGCCAAGCUGGAGGGGAUGGUGGAGUCGUAUAAGAAAAAGCUCGAGGACCUGGGAGACCUGCGGAGGCAAGUGAAGCUGAUGGAGGAGAAGAACACACUGUACAUGCAGAACACUGUUGCCCUAGAGGAAGAGCUGAGGAAAGCGAAUGCAUCCCGCGGCCAGCUGGAGACCUACAAGAGACAGGUGGUAGAGCUCCAGAACAGGCUGUCCGAGGAGUCAAAGAAAGCCGACAAGAUGGAGUUUGAGUACAAAAGAUUGAAAGAAAAAGUGGAUUCACUCCAAAAAGAAAAAGAUCGUUUGCGAACAGAGAGAGAUUCUCUAAAGGAGACUAUUGAGGAGAUACGAUGUGUACAAGCACAAGAGGGCCAACUCACAAGAGGACUCGUGCCACUAGGCAGCAAUGAAGCUUCUGACUGCUUGGCAGCAGAAAUUGUUACUCCUGAAAUUCGAGAGAGGCUUAUCCGCCUGCAGCAUGAGAAUAGGAUGCUGAAGAUAAAUCAAGAAGGCUCAGACAAUGAGCAGAUAGCCCUUUUGCAGAGCUUAUUAGAGGAUGCCAACAGCAGAAAGAAUGAGCUGGAGACCGAAAACAGAUUAGUUAACCAGAGACUGAUAGAAGUACAGUCUCAGGUUGAGGAGCUGCAGAAGUCACUACAGGAACAGGGGUCCAAGGCAGAUGAUUCAAUGAUUCUGAAGAAGAAGUACGAAGAGCACUUAGAGAAGAUGCGGGAAGUUCACAAUGAGCUUCAGAAGAAGAGCGCAUACAUUGAAGAUUUGGAGCCGAAAUACAACACAAGCUCUCAAAAGGUUGAAGAACUAGAAGAGGCUUUAAGGAAGAAAGAUGAAGAAAUGAAGCAAAUGGAAGAGAGAUAUAAGAAAUAUCUGGAGAAGGCUAAGAGUGUGAUUCGAACCUUAGACCCAAAACAAAAUCAGGGUUCAGCACCAGAAGUACAGGCUCUCAAGAAUCAGCUACAAGAGAGAGAGAGGAUGCUCCAUUCAUUAGAGAAAGAAUAUGAGAGGACCAAAACUCAGAGAGAUCAAGAAGAGAAGCUGAUUGUUUCUGCUUGGUAUAACAUGGGUAUGACCCUUCAGAAGAAAGCAGCAGAGGAUCGGCUUGCCAGCACAGGCUCUGGACAGUCCUUCUUGGCCCGGCAGAGGCAAGCCACCAGCACCAGGAGGUCGUACCCAAGUCAUGUCCAACCAGCCACAGCCAGGUAGAGAGAAGGAAACGGGAGACACCAGUCACGCAAUCAUGUCAUUGCACAGUGUAGCAAUUCAGGACAGAGAAAAUACUCAUAUUUUGGGUGAACACUAAAUACUGUGCAUCUUUGAAAAGUACAUGUUUCUGUUGCUUAUGUUGUACUUCUGAGACCUUUUUUAAUAUUGUUUGGGGUGCCUCGCUUAUUUACAUGAAUCGUCAGAUUUAAGCAGAGAUGCCAAUCGUUCAGUUUUUCCCACAGCACAUCAGUCUUUUCUCUCUUCACUCCCCCUGCUCACAGCUUGUGUUGGCUCUUUCAGUGCUCAUAUCCAUAUGCAAUAAAAUAGGCUGAUCUUCAGUUCAUUUUAUGCAGUAGUAAAGCUUUAAUAUUUACAUUCAUUCUAUAGGAUUAGUUGUUGGCAAUUGAUUGUGUUUUUAUUUAGCAAACCACUUUCUUCAGCUGGUAGCUGCUUACAACAGUUUUGAAAAUAUGACUCUUUUGGGAGCCAAUCCCAGACUUUUGUUUUGUUUGAUUAAUUUUUUUACAUGUUUUCUAUGUCAUGGUGCCUCAGCGCUUGAUGGUCAGUGUGAUUUAUACAAAUUUUAAGCAUGUGGGAAAGCAGUAGGUUUUAAUCAGUUUCUGUUUUAUUUCACAACUGAAGAUGGUUACCUCUGAAAUGUCAGUAUUGAUAAACAUAAUUAGACACAAUAUUGUGUUUAAUCGUAGAAAUGAUUAAGCUUUUCUGAUUAUAAAAUAAAUGUAAUGGAUGAUUCUUUUUAUAUACUUCAGAGAUGCUUGUUAAAGUUAAUUUCCACAUUUUUUCCUUAAUUGUCUAGCAUUUUCAAGGCAGUACAGAACCUAAAUUGUUAGAGGAGGUGGAAGUAGUGCAUUUAUCACAUUAAAAUUUGUUUUAAGCUGAGGAUAUCAUCCUAUAUCUUGCACAGUAAUUAACAUUGGAAAGAAAUAAGCAACAGGGAAAUGUUCAGUGCUUUUAGUUGUGGACAUCUUUGAUCAUCUUUUUUACAGUUUUAGGAAAGGAAUAAGCACAAGGACUCUGGAAUAGUAUUUUACUACCUUUUACUUGUGCUAACAGUAACAGUUGGGAGACAUUGUUGGAUUAUUGUCGAAAUCUUUCAUAACUAUAGUAGAGUGCAUCAUCACUGACAUGUAUUCCCAAAGUAAUUGGUUAACUAAUGCCUAGGUUUGAAUUAUGCCACCAGUUUUGUGGUUCCACAAUCCAGCAGCCUUGUGUAUUAAACAUUUGUCAAUGUGCACCAAGGGCUAGUAACAGAACCAUUAUUUUGUUGACACAUUCAGGAACUAUUUCCACAUUUUCUUGUUGAUUAUGUAUUAGUGUUAAAAUUGUUUUCAUAGAUCUGUUUAUUAGUAGCACCAGUAUUGAGUACCUCAUUGGCAAAUGCCCCUCAUCAUAUCAAGAGUAAUCAAGAGCUUCCAUUGAUCAGUAUUACGUUGAGAUUAGCAUCUCUGCUUAAAAAUGCCAAGAUUAACUUCAAUAUAGUGUUGUGGUGAUUCCAAUAAUAUUGAAAGACGAAGACAACAUGGGUGGGCAGUGUUGGAAUUGAAUUUUGGGCUUCAGUUGGUCUAUAGUUUACAAUUUACUCGUUACGAUUGUCAUUUUUAUGUACUAGUAAUUCCAAUUUCUAUGCAUCAUGACCUAUUGGAAUGUUGCAGUGUAGCCUUAAAUGAAGUGUGACAUCAAGCAAACACUCAAAGCAUGACAAGCACAGCAAUGUCUGGGACAUGGACUUAAAAUGCUACGUGUCUAAGUUUGCAAUGAAUUAUACAUAACACAAAAGAAAGCAAUUUUAAGUCGAUAAAGAAUAAUGUAUUUUCUGAAGGUGUGCAGUGUGGUUUCCAAGUAUCUGCAUUUUUCAAACUUUAGAUGUUUUUUCCUUAAGUUUAAGUUUCUCUGUUUUUAUAAUAUGCUGGAAAACCUGCAUUUUCAUAUAUAAUUUGUGUAUUGUUUACAUAUUGAUUUCUUCCAUGGUGUAUGCAUUAAUUGGGAAGGUAUACUUGGUCCCAAAGUCUUGUCACAUUAGAUUUUUGUGAUAGUUCUCUGGUCAAUGCUAUGUCAUCAUUAAUAAAUAAUAAUCCUCCAGUUUUAAAACUGGACACUAUAUACAGUAUGUUGACCAGUUAAAGUAACACCUGACCAGCUGUUUUUUUAUUCGUUUUGUGUUAUUAGGCUCCUCUCGCUUUUCGAUUCCUAGUUGAUUUUAUCCAAAUCAUGGUAAUCAGCGGUUGUGCAACAUGUUUCCUGCUAAGACUGGGAAUGCUAUGCAUAAUCAUAGGUAGUAAAUGCAACUGAUUAUAUCUUGCAGUUCUGAAACUUCACUAUAAUUGUAGACCCUUCUUCUGUGUAAGGUUUUACCACCACUAUUUUGAACAGCAUUAGCAUAGUUAUUUCUGACAUUUAUUCCUUACAAGCUUUAUCAAAAUCCAGUUUUGUGCUACAGAAUUCUGGCUCAAAGUGAGCGUCCUGCUUUUUUUCCAAUUCUAUGUUUAGUAUUAUUACCACCACCUAUCCAAAGAAAGUAGACUAGACUGUUUUGCUUAAAUAUUUGCACUUCCAUCACAAAAUGGCACCUGCAAUGCAGUACCAUUCAUCAUUUGUGGUAGAUAAUGUUUUUUAUAUUGGGCCCAUAUGUGUAGAAAGCCUUUCUGUAGGCUAUGAAUGAGCAACUUGUUAACUGCAAGCGUUUAGUUGUCAAAUAUUGAAGAUAUUUAUGGUGCAGAUAAUUCAAAAAUAGAAUAAUUAAUAAAACAAUGUGCAUAUUAAUUUUAAGUUCAGUUUUGGAGUAAUCAUUAUCCUUUAGGUAAGAACAUGUUUUGAAAUAACUUCCCAUGAGAUACCGUGCGGCACCAACUGCUCCUGUUCGCCUGUGCAGAAGAUUACAAAAGGUCUUCCAGAAUAUUAAACAUUUUUGAGUUAACAGUGCCAAAGGUUUUUUAGAUUUUUUAAGUUCAAGUUUUACGUCUUCAAUCUUUCAGAUGAUUCAAAAACUGUUGUUUAGUAAGGGUUAUGAUUGAGGACUUUAUUACAAAUUAACUGCAAAGUGUAAAACAUUUUUGUAGUGGAUUAUCAUGUACUUUUUCAAUACAUCAACAGAACAAGUUGCUCUACAAUACAUGCGCAAGUUCACUUUUUCGAGGGAAUUGGCAUACACUUUUUAAUUAACCAAAUUAUUUUAAAUGAUUUCAAGCUGUAGUUGUUUAUGAUGACCCUACUUCUUUAUACCUGUUCAAUGUCCAUCUGAAUUUUGGAAAUUCUAAUGGCGUGUGUACACAUUGUUAUAAAAUGUACUGAUUUUUUUAUCAAUUGCUAAAAAUGUUGUCGCUUGUAAUGUCUCUUGAUUUUGUCAUUCAUUGUGAAGUUAUUGUCCCUCCUUUUUCAGCAGUUUUUAUAUAAUGUUGUUCUUCUAUAUUGAGAAGGGCAAUGUAGAAACACUCACAAUUCACUUGAACUGUUUAUUCCCAGAUCUUUCCUGUUUGUUUUUUAUUUUUGGGGGGAAUUUUAAAAUAACUGCUAUUCUUGUGGUUUAUACUGCAGUUCAUUCAAAUAUGGGGAAAACCCCCCAAAAAGGAUACAUUUUUCUAAACAUUUGGAAUUAAUCAUGUUAAACACAUUUUGCUUUUUCCAAUUCAGUGGUUUCUUUGAAUUACAUGGCCUUUCCUUAUCUGACAGUCUAUGGAUGAUUUGCAGAGGAAAAUCUGCUAAAAACAAGCAUGAUUACAACUUGGUUUCAGUAAUGUUGGUCCUUGGACUAUCUAAAUUUGUAAAACAAUGCAUCUUAUUUUUAUCUGUAAAUAAAUAAGUUGUACCACAUAGGUGGUUUCUUGUUAUCAUAACACUCGAAAAAUAAUCAGCUAGAAACACAUUUUUCUCAACUGCAGUAUAGAAUCAUGCCUUCAGUGCACAAGGCAUCUCAUUUCACAGUAGCCAUACUUCAGCUUGAAGAUUACAGUUUGGAAAUACUGUUUAGAAAAAAUUGCACAUUUCAUGAAUUCUAAUGUUGUUGUAGCCUUACAUUUUUCCACCAGUUUUAACAGUUUUAUUAAAUUUCCCUGUGAUUAUAAACAUUUUCCAUAAUGUCUUUGCUCCAUUUCCUUUAUUGAAUGCAAUUUUGACCAGUUGCAGGACUUGGCACUGUAAUAGGUUCACUAACAGGAUAAUACUAACAUCUACAGUUCUGAUUUGCUUCUCUUUAAUUUAAUUGUUCUUUGUUCUCAUUUGCAGCGAUGUGAUUGCAUGACCUUCAGCAUGGGUGAUGGUUGCAUGACCUGCAGUUGCAUGGCGUUUUUGCGCUGAGUCUGCAUAACGACUAACCCUGCUCCCAACACAGCCCUCUUAACUCCUAGGGAGAGGUCUCGAAAUGAAGAGAUUAAUGCCUGUCCUAAUCAUGGACGCUUGCCUGUGCGACUAAAACUGUGCAGUCCUGCCAAGUCUGAGCACAGAGCAAGGGCCAGUGCUCUUGAGAGAAAAAGGCUCACUCUGAGAGCACGUCCUCUGCUGGAAAGGCAUGACUUUUUGUCAGUGCUAAAGAGGUUGCUUUUCUCAGCUGGGCUGCUUCUGCAUUUUGUUUUCAGCGAUUUGCCAUUUUUAAAAACAACAUUUUGGAUAAAAAGGUGGGGCAUAUAACUUUAUUCAUUCUUGUACUGGAUUUGAAAGCCGUGAAGACUGAACAUGGAUAAACCCCUCAGUUCUUGAACUCUAAAAAUGGGCUGUGUACUGUUGUUACACUUUUCACUGUAUGCAAGGCUGCCGAGUUAAAUUUUCAGCAAAAAUGUUUUGUGUUUUUAUUAGUUUUUAUUUUUCAGGCGACAGAUCCUACUCAAAAGUAUUUUAAAAUGUUUUGCUCUAUUUCAAGAUUAUAGUUUCCUGUAAUUACUGCCUGUAGAAAUGGAUGAAUUCCAGAAGAAUGUCCCAUCCCCUAAUAUUCAAAUGUUUAUUGAAAUCUGUAUAUUUUUUUCUGAUUUGUAUUUAUUUUCAAUUUUAAGAUCAUCUUUGAUUAUUAUUUUGCGUGAAAUCAUGCUUGUUGGGUGUUUCACACCAUGGUAAUGUCUUAACAGUGGAUUUAUAACCCUUAUAAAAAAAAGUGAACUAAUGGGGAAAUUUUGUUUGAACUGCAGCUUAAGUUUAAGGCUUUUGCACAAUUAUGCCUUUAUAUUAGUGUAAUAACCUUUUUUAUUUACACAUGCAGUAUUGUCCUUACCAAUGCAUUAAAAUGGAUAUUCUGUCAUAUAUAUUUUUAGAAUGUGUUUACUAAUAGAUCAACAACAUUUUAACUCAUAGACUUUAUUGGGGGUUAUAUUUUUAAUGAAAAAUGUCAUGCUUGACAAUAAAGCUUUGUUUGAAAUUAACAGCAAAUGUGACAUAUUUAGCUAGUUUAGAAAUUCAGGGAUUUGUGACACUUUAGGUUAUAUAGCAUGAUUUAUUCUGUUUCUGAUGCUUUCUUCCAUUUUCUGAACAACUGCCAAAACCACUUUUCCAUCAUCUGUUUCAGUAAAGCCAAAGAGUUGAACUGAAAUACUAUGGAGGUGGCAGUUUUACAAGCAUCUCCUUUUUUGUUGCUCUUUUUACAAAUGAAGCAUUCAGAUCUUUUAUCUAAUGUGCUGUAUGGUUGGUUUCUAGCAACAGUGGCAAGUAAGCAUUAAAGCAGAAUGAUGACAAUUAUUUACCAUAACUUCUGUGCUACAGCUUGUCAGCACAGAAAUCCUAUCUACGAAUCAUAGGAAAUGGUCAUUUGUGAGCCUUUUGAAAUAAUUCAGUUUUUAAAUAUUGGAAAAUGUUUAAUAACAUUGAGUGCAGAAAGGGAUAAAUUAAGACUGAGGGAAAUGUUGUCAGACAAUAAUAAAAGAAGGUCUCAACCCCUAUCUGUUUGGCAAUUUGUGGGUAUAAUGUAUGUAAUACAGUAUAUAUGUAUACGAUACUAUCAAACAUGCCAUAUUUAUUACAUAAUGUCUUGCAUAAUGUUAGUCCCGCAAUACCAAUGGCACACAAAGAUGGGGAGUAUUUGAUAAGAUUAAGUCAAGAAUAAAUGUUCAUCUAAAAGGUCACCAUUUAACCCGUCCAUCACAGGAAUACCCAGCUGUUUUUCUUUGUCUUCUGUAUAGACCAGGUAGUCUAACAAAGUGUAAAACAGCGCCUCUUAUAUUGAAUUAAUAUUUAGCAGGUUGUAUGGUUACUAUAGGUUUUUUUCAUUUCUUUUAUAGACCUCCAUGUGCUUGUUUUACAUUUGCUGAAGAAGCAAGUAACAUUUUCCCAUCUGCCACAUUUUAUAUUGCUUGUAUACAUAUGUACAUAUGUGAGAAACAUUUGACAAGGAGUUGAUUCAUAUGAAACCAUUGUUGAAUAGAGGGAUUUCACAGUAUCUUUCCAUUAGAAAUCUGUUAAUACAAUGCUUCCUAAGCUGCAAAAUUGUACAGUUGUUACACAAGUUGUAAAUAAAGCUUGUAUAAAACUC